AAUCUGAUUGGCACGUGUUGUAUUGUAGUUGUUUUUUCUUUUCUAUACAUUUGUGAUCGGUGGUGUCUGUCUGGAUUUUAAUUUACUAGACGUGGUUCUGAGGAUUUUAGGGCGCAAGUGCGCAGCGCCCUAAAGGUCACACCAAAAAGGAACAACAUCCAAACCACUUCCGAUGGCACCUGCAGCAGUCCUUGCUAUACGCAGCGCAGCGCUUAAGUCCAUGGAUUUAUUCCGCGAAAUACACAAACGAGCGUUUAGUAAUAAAUUUUUACUGGUUACCAAUGUCGGCAUUUCGUUGAGCCUGAGUACGGCAGGCGAUCUGUUGGAGCAACAUUACGAAAUGUAUAGCGGCGAUUUAAAGGAAUGGGACAGAACACGUACUACUAAUAUGGGAAUUUCUGGUAUGGGUGUUGGCGUGAUCUGUCACUAUUGGUAUAAGUUCCUAGAUCGACGCAUGCCAGGACGCACAAUACGCGUGGUUAUGCAGAAAAUUGUUUUGGAUCAAUUUAUUUGCUCACCACUUUACAUAUCCGCUUUUUUCAUGACAAUGGGCGCACUAGAAGACAAAUCAAUUGAAGACACUUGGCUAGAGAUGAAACAAAAGGCAUGGAAAUUGUAUGCGGCUGAAUGGAUGGUGUGGCCGCCGGCACAAUUUGUGAACUUCUAUUGGCUGCCCACACGAUAUCGUGUAUUCUACGAUAACAUCAUAAGUUUAGGCUAUGACGUUUAUACAUCGCAAGUGAAAAACAAUGAUUAAAAAACCUACAUGCAUACUAUAUGUAUGUUUAUAUAAUUAUAAUGGAAUUGUUAUUUGAAUCAUAUGUGACAAUAUAAAUGUUAAUACCAAGCAAA